CGACGAGAUGGAUAUAGGGACGACAGAUACGAGAGAUCGGACCGAGAUGGAUAUAGGGACGACAGAUACGAGAGAUCGGACCGAGACGGAUAUAGGGACGACCGAUACGAGAGGUCGGGUCGAGAUGGCUACAGAGGUGGUAGGUAUGAAAGAGGAGAUCGAGACUGGGAACGACGAGAUGGGUCGCGCGGCCGCUGGGAACGUCUCAUCAGAACCAUAUCCCAAGUCACCUGACCCCAAGGCAGCCAGGAGUUCGAUCUCUAGAAGUGCAGACGACAGACCAUCUACUCCCAGGAACUCAUGCGUCUACUGUAGAGGAGAAGAUCAUAUCAAGAGGGAUUGCCCGGACCUCAAACGGGCAAUAGAUGAGGGACCUGUUGUGCUUGACGACCUCAAGUACGUCAAGUGGGCAGAUGAUCUGGGAGAUGUAUCGAUGUUCCCUUCGAUGAAGGAGAAUGUCAAAGCAAGGAGAGUAAAACCGAGUAAGGGAAUGGAGCCGGUGAGGAGCCAGAGCAUCAAGAUAACCUUUAAGGAGGAUAUCGUCACCACACCCAUAAGGGUGGCAGCCACCAAGUCGGCGAGAGGGUCUACAUCGAAGAAGACUGACACGGAUUACGUGAUGGCGGAGAAGGACGGGCAGCGGGUCGAUGGAGAGGAGGUUAUCCUUUCRCCGYGRAAGCGGGGAGUGAAGAAGUUCUUAAUGAAGAGUUCGCUGGACGAGAUUGACACGGUCGAGCCACUUAGGCGGGCCCUUGGCAGCCCAUGUAGUGCUCUAUUCUGGAGUACCUGGCGGCAUCGAAGCUGACUCGUGAUGAGUUACAGAUGAUCACGCAGAAGACUCGCAUACCCCUAUCG